AGGUUAGGUGAUCGAUAGCAACACUAAACAAUGUAAACAUGCACCAAUAUCCAGACCUUCCUUUUACUAGCUGCAUCUACUCUUCGUGGCUUCUUGCAAUUCAUUCAAAACUCAGUUCUUGUUUGAGUGAUUGCCAAAUGAAUAGUUAGAGACCGCCACCAAUUAAAGAACCAACUCGAAAUAUGCAGGUUCACAUAUCGCCAAGUUUGCGGCAUGUAACAGUAUUCCCAUCUAAAGGUGUUAAAGAAUUCAUCAAAGUAAAGGUUGGCUCAAGACGAGUGUCGUGUCGCAUGGUUUUGUAUUCACUUCUCUUCUUUACCUUUCUUCUUCGGUUCGUCUUUGUGUUAACGGCAAUGGAUCAUACCAUUGAUGAACACAGCCGGACUUGCUCUACCUUAGGUUGCUUGGGGAAAAGACUAGGACCAAGGAUUCUUGGCAGAAAUAUUGAAUCAACUGUUCCAGAAGUGAUAUUUGAAAUCCUGGAAGAACCAAUGAGCCAAGAUGAAAUACAAUUAGGAGCAGCUGAUCAGGUUCCUCAGACAUUAGAAGAGUUUGUUGCUGAAAUAAAAGACAGAAAACUAGGUGCAAAGACUUUUGCUCUCAAGCUUAGAGCUAUGGUCACCCUCUUUGAGCAGAGGACUAGGACAGCCAAAAUCCAAGAAUACCUGUACCGGCACGUGGCGUCCAGCAGCAUCCCGAAACAGCUCCACUGCCUUGCCCUAAACCUAGCCAAUGAGCACUCCACCAACGCCAAUGCCCGCCUCCAGCUCCCCUUGCCGGAACUUGUCCCCUCCCUAGUCGACAACUCCUUAUUCCACUUCGUGCUCGCCUCUGACAACAUCCUUGCUGCAUCCGUCGUUGCAUCAUCACUCGUUCAGAACUCGUUGCACCCUGAAAAGGUUGUCCUUCACAUAAUCACAGAUAAAAAGACCUACUCUCCCAUGCAGGCAUGGUUCUCUUUGCACCCUUUGAUCCCUGCAGUCAUUGAGGUAAAGGAACUGCACCAUUUUGAUUGGUUCACCAAGGGGAAGGUCCCUGUUUUGGAAGCCAUGGAGAAAGACCAACAAGUUCGGUCAAAGUUUAGAGGCGGUUCAUCGGCCAUUGUUGCAAAUCACACUGAAAAGCCUCAUGUCAUUGCAGCGAAAUUGCAAGCGCUUAGCCCCAAGUACAAUUCGCUGAUGAAUCACAUUCGGAUAUAUCUACCGGAGUUGUUUCCUAGUCUUAACAAGGUAGUGUUUCUGGACGAUGACAUUGUGGUUCAAACUGAUCUUUCCCCUCUUUGGGACGUUGACAUGAAUGGGAAGGUCAAUGGAGCUGUAGAAACGUGUAGGGGACAUGACAAGUUUGUAAUGUCAAAACGGUUUAAGAGCUAUUUGAACUUCUCUCACCCUUUGAUAAAGAACAAUUUUGAUCCUAAUGAAUGUGCAUGGGCAUACGGCAUGAAUAUCUUUGAUCUCGAGGCUUGGAGGAAGACUAACAUAAGCCAAACAUAUCAUUACUGGAUUGAAGAGAACUUGAAAUCCGAUUUAAGUUUGUGGCAGCUAGGAACAUUGCCACCGGGACUAAUAGCAUUCCAUGAUCACGUCCACAUUAUUGAUCCGUUCUGGCACAUGCUCGGACUGGGGUACCAGGGCAACACGAGCAUCUCAGAUGCUGAAACUGCCGCUGUCAUCCAUUUCAAUGGCCGAGCAAAACCUUGGCUGGAUGUAGUGUUCCCCCAACUUCGGCCUCUAUGGACCAAGUAUGUCAACUUUUCUGACAAUUUCAUCAAAAGCUGCCAUAUUAGGGAAUCUUAGCGUUGAUUGUGGUGAAUAAAUUGAGCAUAAUGAUGAUCAAGUAUGAGCUUAAUCAUGAAAAAGCUGGAAACAGGAGAGAUUUCUUCAUGGAUUCAAGGUCCAUGAUUUUGCACAUGAGAUGAAAACAGCACCAGACUUCAAUUUUUAUUGA